AUGAGUGUCCAAAUGUACAGAGGUGGAGGAUCUGCAAGACCAAGAACUGCUCCUCCAGAUUUGCCUUCUUUGCUCUUGGAUGCUAGGAUUUGCUACCUUGGCAUGCCUGUAAGACCUCCACGUGCCAUUAAACCCACUUGUUUCCUUUCUGCUCAGGCACUGAUCUUGCUCCUUUUGUUUAUGUGGUUAGACUAUGAUAACCCAGCAAAUCCCAUCUACCUAUACAUAAACUCACCUGGGACUCAGAAUGAGAAGAUGGAGACUGUUGGGUCAGAAACAGAGGCUUAUGCCAUAGCUGACACCAUUUCUUAUUGCAAGUCGGAUGUAUAUACAAUAAAUUGUGGCAUGGCUUUUGGUCAAGCAGCAAUGCUUCUUUCUCUGGGGAAAAAGGGUUAUCGUGCUGUACAACCACAUUCAUCAACAAAAUUAUAUCUGCCAAAAGUAAACAGAUCAAGCGGAGCUGCCAUAGACAUGUGGAUAAAGGAUUACGAUGGGUCUCUUGCCAUGGGAAGACCUGGAGGAAGCAAUCCAACAGCUUCAGCCGGACUAAGAUGA